CCUCAAAUCAGAACAGUUGUUUGUUUUGUAUCAAACGUCAACAAUUGAAAACGCUUGAAAAGGGGGCUUUCUCUAUAAAACCACAGAUAAUGUCGAAUUUGGAGCUGAAACAAAGUGUGGAUUGCAAACAAGGAUCACUUAGAGCGGUUCGAUAUAAUGUUGAUGGUUCGUACGCAAUCACAUCUGGAUCGGAUAAAAAGGUUAAAUUAUGGAAUCCACAAACAGGACUGUUGUUGAAAACAUACGGUGGUCACGCCGACCAAGUUACCGAAGCAAUCGGAUCUUGUGAUAGUUGUCACAUAUUGAGCGGUUCAUUGGACAGAUCGAUUAUAUACUGGGAUGUAACGACAGCACAACCAUUACGUCGUUUGCGCUGUCACGCUGGUGGGGUUUCUUGCAUUGCAUUUAGUGAAGACUCAAAUGUCGCAGUUUCUGGUGCCAAAGAUAAUUUGGUGAUGUGUUGGGACAUUCGUACACGAAAACUCGAACCAAUUCAAACGAUGAACGAAGCAAAAGACUGCAUUACUAGAAUAAUUGUAAAUGAAUUUGAGAUUGUGGUUUCAUCGCUAGACGGAUGCGUCAGACGGUAUGAUUUGCGAAAAGGUGAAAUGACUUGUGAUGAUGUCGGUGAAUCAAUCGUCUAUAUGGCACAAACAAAAGACACAAAAUGCACCCUGGUUGCAUGCAACGACAAUGUAUUAAGACUGUUAGACAAUGAUAAUGCUGAUAUACUAUCUACAUAUCAUGGACAUCGAACCGAUGACUUUCAAGUUGAAUGCGGCAUUCUAAGCAAUGAUUCACAAAUUGUAUGCGGUUCAGCGAACGGAGAAGCAUUCAUUUGGGAUCUGGUAGAUGAAAAAGUGAUAUCGAGACUAUCAAUAGGUAGCGGCGUAGUGCAUUCACUGAGCACACAUCCAACCACCGAUGACAUUUUAUUUGCAAACAAAAGAAAUUUUCAAUUAUGGACACCGAAUAGUUAGAUUCAUUUAUUUCGAAUUUUCUAAAGAGUUACAAUUCACACAUUGACGGUCGAGAUUUGAGAAUGCAUCUUAAAAUUUACGAGUCGGAUUAAUAACGUAGAUUUCGCCUUUAUAUAGACUUUUGAGAGUCUUAUGCACGUUCCAAUCGUUAACCACAUGAAGAAUUUGUUUAAUACUGGAUUGAUUCGGAUUCAUUCCUAGUUCCCUGCAAAGUUUCGCAUUGAAAGUGUUUCUGUAAAUAAAGUCAAACACAUUUAUCAUUACCUAUUUUAAUAAA